AUGUCCAAACCCAGCCUCCUUCCCGUGACCUUUCUCUACCUAGUAGUGUUUUUCCUCCAUACCCAGCUCUCAAUCUGCAAUGGGGUUUCGGUUCUGGGCCUGGAUUCACUGAAAAACAGUGAAAUCGACGGAAUGGUGAAAAGGGCUUGCACCCAAACGAUCGGUGAGUGCUUAACAGAGACAGAAAUGGAUUCAGAGAGCAAUAGGAGGGUUCUGGCGAUGCAGAGGAAGUAUAUAAGCUAUGCGACACUGAGGAGGGACAUGACCCCUUGUGCAAAGCCAGGGGCUCCAUACUACAAUUGCAAUGCUGGAGUGGCAAAUCCUUACAAUAGAGGCUGUGAAGUCAUUACUCGAUGUGCAAGAGGUAUCAUCAAAACUUGA